UGUGGUUUCAUAGGGUGACACCCCAUUGGUUCUUUUGCCCUGGAUUUGUUUGCUCAUUUCUCCCUCAACCGUACUCCAUCCACGCUUUAACGCGGACGACGCACUAAUGUGCAAUACCCACAGCGAUCUCGCCGGUUAAAGACCCGAUUUUUGUUGCGAGCAAUGAUGUCUAUCGCUGUGUGGGAAAAGUACUUAAGAGGAGCCACAAGUCUUCCUUUUCAGUCGUCCUUUGUUGUUGCUCUACGCUCAAUUACAGCUCAAUUACAGCUCAAUGUCCUCUACAAUCACUCUUAACAACGGUCUCAAGGCUCCACUGGUUGGCCUGGGCCUCUGGAAGAUUCCAAACGCAGUCGCAGCUUCACAGGUGUACAAUGCGAUCAAGCUGGGUUACAGGCUGUUCGACGGUGCAGCUGAUUACGGCAACGAGGUUGAAGUUGGCCAGGGUAUUAAACAAGCCUUGGAUGAAGGCUUGGUCAAGCGUGAUGAGCUGUUCAUCGUUUCCAAGCUGUGGAACACGUUCCACCAUCCAAACAACGUCAAGUUGGCUCUGGACAAGACUUUGAAGGACUUGCAAUUGGAGUACUUGGACCUGUACUACAUCCAUUUCCCCAUCGCACAGGCCUUUGUCCCAUUUGAGAAGUCCUAUCCACCAGGCUUUGGAAUCACCGAGGAGUUUGAAUUUGAGGAUGUUCCAAUCAUUGAGACUUAUCGUGCAUUGGAGGAAGCUCACGCCGCAGGUAAGAUCAAGGCCAUUGGUGUUUCCAAUUUCAACGGUGCUUUGCUUCAAGAUUUGCUCAGAGGUGCAAAGGUGAAGCCUUCAGCAUUGCAGAUUGAGCACCACCCAUACCUCGUGCAGCCAAGACUGGUUGAAUACGCUCAGAGAUCCGGAUUGUGGGUCGUUGCGUAUUCCUCGUUUGGACCUCAAUCCUUUGUUGAAUUGGACCAUCCAAAGGUUAAGGAUUUGCAGCCUUUGUUCGAGCACGAAGUCAUCAACGCAAUUGCCAAAGCCCACGGUAAGCAGCCUUCACAGGUGCUGCUCAGAUGGGCCACACAGAGAGGCUUAGGUGUGAUUCCAAAGUCUUCAAACAAGGACAGACUGCUGGAUAACUUAACCGUUGAGGACUUUGACCUGACACAGGAGGAAUUGGACAAAAUCUCCGCAUUGGACCAAGGUUUGAGAUUCAACGAUCCAUGGGACUGGAAGAAUGCCGGUAUUCCAACAUUCGUUUAGUAUAUUUCAUAGGUAAUAAGCCAUUAAUUAAACUGGUAUACUCUCU